AUGGAUUUGCACGCACCUCCUUUGGUCGUUCAUGGAUAUGAAACUCACGCGCCCUUACUUGAGGUCGAAGGUCUGGAUCCUCACAGCCCUCAGCAGAAGGUCCUCAUCCAUGCCCCGAUACAAAGCCAGGAAUUGAUCAGCAACGAUCAUAGGAAUGGAGGUCAUGGCGGUGUGAAUCAAUUAGGCGGAGUGUUCGUAAACGGACGGCCUUUACCCGACGUCGUGAGACAAAGGAUAGUGGAGCUAGCUCAUAGUGGGGUCAGACCCUGUGAUAUCAGUCGACAGCUACGCGUCUCCCACGGCUGCGUCUCUAAAAUACUAUCCCGGUACUACGAAACCGGUAGCUUCAAAGCUGGUGUGAUAGGAGGUUCCAAACCCAAAGUGGCGACCCCUCCCGUAGUGGACGCGAUAGCUGCAUACAAACGUGAAAACCCAACAAUGUUCGCGUGGGAGAUAAGGGACCGGCUGCUCAGUGAAGGGAUAUGCAGUCAGGACAAUGUUCCUUCUGUUUCUAGUAUAAAUAGGAUUGUUCGAAAUAAAGCGGCGGAGAAAGCAAAGCAUGCGCACAACCAGCAGCAGCAGCAACAACAAGAGCAAGAGAUUAGUUCUGCGCAGGGCAGUGUUGUUUCUGUGAUAACCCACGCGGGCAACGCCCCCGGCGCGACCGCAGUGCUGUCACCCACCGAGCACGUCAACAACACCGGCAGCUACAGCAUCAACGGUAUCCUGGGCAUCGAGCAGGUGGACGGACUACACAAUGGAAACGGGCUCAAGAGGAAGAGACACGAGGACCAAGCAACAAAUGACUCGACAGGGUCCACAGCGGCGGGCGAGCCUCCCUCGGCGGCGGGCAGCCCGGACGCCGCCGCCCUGGUCGUGCUCCAGCCUCCCGCACCGCCGUACCCUCCGUAUGCGCAUUAUGAUGGUACAGCAACUCUGGCGAGUGAAUACGCGUACGCGGCACCUUACUCGCAGUACUCUCCUUACGGCGGUCCCUACUCGCACUCCGCCGCCACCGGCUUGCUGUCUAAGUGUUUUGCAAAGUUGGGGGCUUUGAACAGACUCAAUGGAGGGAGCUCAGGUAUUCCAAUCGAUAGGAUCAUGUGGAUAAAUAUUUCAUUUUGUUCUGCGUAUUGGCUGAUAUCAACGGGCGCCGUGCGAGCAAUAGCAGUCGGCAGGCCACAACGAACC